CCAAUCCAUCACAAGCUACUGCUUCCACAGCUCCGAUCUUCCCCCAAAUCUCAGUUUCUCGUACCGGAGCAGCCAUGUCGGGACGCGGCAAGGGCGGCAAGGGGCUCGGCAAGGGCGGCGCCAAGCGCCACCGGAAGGUCCUCCGCGACAACAUCCAGGGCAUCACCAAGCCGGCCAUCCGGAGGCUGGCGAGGAGGGGCGGCGUCAAGCGCAUCUCCGGCCUCAUCUACGAGGAGACCCGCGGCGUCCUCAAGAUCUUCCUCGAGAACGUCAUCCGCGACGCCGUCACCUACACCGAGCACGCCCGCCGCAAGACCGUCACCGCCAUGGACGUCGUCUACGCGCUCAAGCGCCAGGGACGCACCCUCUACGGCUUCGGAGGAUAGAUUCCUUGACGGGACGGUGGAGGGUGGUGCUCUAGUUCUGCUGCCGCGUGGUCUCUCUCUGUGAUAUGUGUUGCGGUUUACUGCUUUGGCGUGCAUCAUCUUGUAUUCGCUGGUCUGUAAUUCCGUGAUGGAUUCAAUGAAACUGCUCCAAUCCUGAGUCCUCA